CUAAUUUCCAAUCUAAAAGUGUAACCAACAAAAACCAUCUCUCACUGUUUCUAUUCUGCACUUUCUACCGUUCACUCUCUCACUCGCAUUGUUUCUCCGUUACUCAGAUCAGGCAUGUGUGGUUUCCAGAAUUCAUUCAUAGAGAGAAUUGGUAGUUUAUUUUAUUAGGAAGCAGCAAUGGAUGUGGUUUUGACCUUAGGAAGAGAAGACACUAAUUCUGUUGAUGAGACAAAAAUGACUGAAGACACCAUCUUGACUGAAGAAGCCCCGGAGAAGCUUGAAGGCUGCUUUGAUUCUAGAGAUCGAAGAAAAAGCAAGUACCUGUCUUACCCAUACAUUGGACCAAACCAAAAGGAUCUGCCAGCUGAAACUGAAGAUUUGAAGACACCAUGUCCUUCUCAGAAAGCAAGGGCUUCAAGUGUCACUACUAAUCCUCUAAAUGGAUCUUCUUCAUAUGCUAAAUUGGGUAGCAAGAGGUUCCGAAAUAGCUGGUACAAAAAAUUCAUCAGCUGUAAUACUAUGCCCAGCCAUUACAAUUUCAUGAAUGCAUCUGCAGAAGAAUUACUUUCAGGACUUUGUUCUACAGCUGUUGAUUGUAUGUUUCCAGUUGGGAAUAAGAGCUUUGAUUUAGUUGAGUGGUUCUUUUGCAGAUAUAGAGUAUCAAAUUAUCAUGAUGAGGCUGAACUUGCUACUUCCCAGGUUAAUGCAAAAGAAGAAAAAUUGGGAAAACCUGAGGGUAAUGAUUUGCCAGAUACCAAAAGUAAGAAGAGAAAGACCAAUAGAAUGGAAAAUGCAGUUAGGCGUAAGAGAAAAUCACUCUCUGGCCUAUCAGAUGUGAAUGUAAACACUUCUAAUGGUGACUCUCAAAGGCCUGGGAGAAAACUGAAACAAAAGAGGAAGGUGGAAGAAGUAACUUUAGUACAUCAACUGCAAAAUGUUGAGAUAAAUUUUAUUGGGGUAAGCAGCAAAUACAGCUCAGCUCCUCAAGCUGCACAAAAUUUGUGUUGCCUUGCGUCUGAAGGAAAGUCUGAGCACAAUCAGAGGGAAAAGAUAGAGGCACAAGAACAUCAAACUGCUCAAAUUAAUUCAGUGUAUACAGAUGCAAAAAAGCUUAACUGCAGUUCACUGGUAAUAGAUUUGCAGUUUACACCCCCAGCUAUACCUGUUGAUAUUCCUGAGAGAAAUAGAAGUGAAAAUACGGAAGAAAUAGUUUUAUUAGCUUCAAAUCCAGAGUCACGUGUUUCCCAAGAAGGACCUGUUGGGAGUAUUACUGAUCAUAGCUUGUUGGUUAGUACUAAGGCUGAGGUUGGUACUGUCAUGGUAAAUAAAACAGGGUUGAUGAAUAGCAUGGGGAAAGCAACAGGACUGCAUCUCAAUACUAAACUUGCUGUUGGAGUGCCUCUCAAUAGCAUGGGGAAAGCAGCAGCAGCAGGAGUGCAUCUUAAUGCUAAACUUGCUGUUGGAAUGCCUCUCAAUGGCAUGGGGAAAGCAGCAGCAGGAGUGCAUCUUAAUACUAAACUUGCUGUAGAGAAAAAAGGGUUGAAGAAUAGCAUGGAAAAGCCAGCAGAAAAGCCUCUCUAUACAAACUUUUCUACAGGGAAAACAGGGCUGAAGAAUAGCAUGGAGAAGGCAGCAGAAAAGCCUCUCUAUACUAAAGUUGCUGUAGAGAUACCUGAUUUGAACGGUACUGGUGCUGAAUGUAAUUCGAUCAGCACAGAAUUUGAUACUCUUAAUUUCAUUUCACCUGAAUUAAAAUCGGAGCAGUCCAAAAGCUUAUCUGCAUGUUCAACAUCUGCCAAAACUACUACUUGCAAUAGACUGGAUGACAGUGGAGAAUCACUUGGAACCUGUGUUAUCCUAAAAUUUGCCCCUGUAGCCUAUAUCCCAUCAAAAGAAGAUUUAAUGACAACAUUUUGCCGGUUUGGUCCCUUGAAGGCAUCUGAAACUCAGUUGUUAAAAGACACUGGUAGUGCUCAAGUUGUUUUUGUCAGAAGUGAAGAUGCUGCAGCUGCAUUUCAUAGUAUAGAGCAGAACAACAAAUUUGCCUUUGGUUGUUCUCUUGUUGAUUGCAAGCUCCAUCAUCUUUCUGCCACCUGUCCACCUGUUGAGCAACUUGUGACCACUGCCCAACCAACUGGGUUUAUGGCAAUACCUGGUGUGAUGACCCCUACUCGACCAACCAUGUCUAUGGAAAUGCCCGGUGUUACCCCUACCCAACCAGCUGGGUCUAUAGCAACGCCUGGUGUGACACCAACCCAGCAGCCAACUGGGUCGAAGGCCGUGCCCGGUGUCACUCCUAUCCUACCAACUGGGUCGAUGACAAUGCCUGGUGAGACACCUCCUUCCCUUCAUUUCAUUAAGCAGAACUUGCAGAUGAUGACAUCAAUCCUGGAGAAUUCAGGGAGCAGUCUUUCCCCCAAGACGAGAGCCAAACUGGAUUCUGAAAUUAAAAACCUUAUGAGAAAGGUGAAUUCCAGGACCAAGGUCUGAAUACUGUGGUCUUGGAAGCUUUUCUUUCUGAAUUUAUCAUGGAAGUAGUUAAGUAGAUUAUAGCAGUCAGGGUUUAUGUUCUAGUCCUCUUUUCAGUGCUUGUACUGGACUGCUGGUGGACUUUCCUCCCAAUUCUUUGACUUCUGCACAAUUCAUUUGAAUGACUCAAGGAUAUUUUAUGCAUGAAUGUCAUUUGAUUCAAUAUCAUUCAGUGCUUACCAAGUCUUU